AUGAGGAGAGACAGCUUCAUUACCCCAUCCACCCACCCAAUUAGGAGCCAGAUGGCGCUUCUGGCCAAUCAAAUUAUGGAUGCGAGGAUUCUCAGCAGUAUGAACGGCAGAGUGGAGCUUUCCCAGUUUUUGAGAGUCUCCAAUCAAAGUAUCGUCUCCCAGGUGACUUCAGCCCAGGACGACGGCCGCAAAAAUAGAAAGUAUCCCUGUCCGCUGUGUGGGAAGCGCUUUCGCUUCAACAGCAUCCUUUCACUCCACAUGCGCACUCACACGGGCGAGAAGCCCUUCAAGUGCCCGUACUGCGACCACAGGGCCGCGCAGAAGGGGAACCUGAAGAUACACCUCCGCACUCACAAGCAAGGCAUUCUGGGUAAAGGCCGCGGGCGGAUCAGAGAGGAGAACAGGCUGCUUCACGAGCUGGAGGAGAGGGCGAUACUGCGGGACAGGCAGAUGCGAGCCAGUCACGUCAGCCACCAGCAGACCUCUAAGAUAAGUCACCUCCCGAAGCCCCAGCUGCAGGCGGUUCUGACCCAACCCCAGUUUGUGAGCGGUCCCGAGGCGGCCGAGACCCAACCGCGUGCUUCCGUCUCGCCCAAGGCGCCCGCCGUCCACGACGAGUCCAUGCAGCCGCAGUCCGCCGGCUUCCGCUGCUCGUUCUGCAAGGGGAAGUUCCGGAAGCAGCAGGAGCUGGAGCGCCACAUCAGGAUCCUCCACAAACCCUACAAAUGCACCCUGUGCGAGUUCGCCGCCUCGCACGAGGAGGAGCUCAUCGGCCACGUGGAGACGGCGCACAUCACCGCCGACUCGAGCUCGGGACAGAAGCCGGCCGCGGGCUCCGGCGACAAGGAGAAGCCGGUCGGGGAAUUCCCCUGCGAGGUGUGUGGCCAGACCUUCAGCCAGGCCUGGUUCCUGAAGGGCCACAUGAGGAAACACAAGGACUCCUUCGAGCACUGCUGCCAAAUCUGCGGCCGCCGUUUCAAAGAGCCCUGGUUCCUCAAAAACCACAUGAAGGUCCACCUCAACAAACUGGCCGCUAAGGCUAAUCUACCGGCCGAGCACGACGCCUCUGUUCACAUAAGUGACCCAACGCCGGACCACCAGGGAAACCUCUACUCCCAGUACAUGUCCCGCAUCCAUAACAGGUUCCUCACAGCCGAGAGGACCGACCAGCUAGACUACAACCAGAUAUUCGCCACCGCAAGCAUUGACGUGAAGGUUAGGGAGAUGUUAGGCAGGGUGAUGUCCUCGGGCGCGGGCCCUCUGCCAGACGUGGAGGGCUCAGCGUUGUUGGGGCUAAAUCACCACGCCCCCCUGCUGAGCGCCACCGGCGUGGAAUACCUGCAGAAAGUCCUCUCCAGCAGAGCCGCGCAGCCCGGCGGCAGCUACCCGGGCUGGCGGAUCAUGGCGCCCGUCGAGCAGCAGAUGCAGCGGUGCUCCUCCUACGUGCCCGAAAGACGCCUCUCCGCAGAGGACGCCCACAUGUGCCUCGCUGACCCGGACGGCACAGUCGCCAGCAGGCCCGGCAGCCCGGGCGGCGCGGGCCUCCGCGGGCCCACGGAGGUCGCCGCGGAGGCGGGGAACCCCCACUGCGGCAGAGCCCUGGAGCAUCGACCACAGGCCUCCUCUCCAGGUGAGAAAGCCUACAGGUGUCCAGUCUCCAGCGACUACGCCGCUGCGCAGUCCGCCUCCCUUGGCUUCCAUCUGGACCGGUACCUCUUCCCCCACUGGAAAAACAGCAGGGAUCUCUCCUCUCCGCUGCAGCCCACCAGCAGCACCAGCUCCAGCCCCAACCCCAUAGCCAGACCCAGGUCCAGAGAGGAGUGGAGCCCAGCUGCAGGUCCCUACCUUGCUUUGGAGAACCACGCCGACCCCCUGCUGCUCAACAAGCAAUCAGACCUCAGCGACAAGGAUGCAGGUGUGGACGCAUCUCUACCCGCUCCAAACAGGAAGUCUCAGUAUGAGCCCUUGGAUCUGUCCGUCAGACCAGAGUCGGUCGCGUCUCCUGCUGCACUGGUGCAGAUGUCUGGUGUUUUUAGCAAUGGGCUCUCCUCCUCCAUCACCCGCCGGCUUCAGAGUUACUCCAACGCCGCAGGCGAACCCGGGGCGAAGCCCGCGUACCAGUGUGACCUUUUGGCGCCGGAAACAAAAGAGGAGAUGAGCGCGGAGAGCGCCAGCUCCACGGGCCACAGCGGCGAUGCCGGAUUCGAGACGCCCGAGCACGGGAGGGAGGACGAGAGCGACGAGUCGGCAAACUGGAAGAUGCUGGAGGAGCUCGGACCGGCCAGCGGAGGAGAGAGGGACCGGGACAAGCGGGGCCGGGCCGGGGCCCAAACCCCCAUCUCAUCGCUGGAGAACCUGACUCCGGGUCAGGCCGAGCCGCUUCAGCACCAGGGCCUGCUCUCCUUCCUCAGACCGCGGGGGGUCCUGGAGGGCACAGCUGGCAGCUCGCACACAGCCGGCCUGAACGGAGGGGGGACCAUGGAGAAGGACGUGGCGACAGCUCGGAAGCCCUUCCAGUGCAGGUACUGCCCCUACAGCGCCUCCCAGAAGGGCAACCUGAAGACCCACGUCCUGUGCGUCCACCGCAAGCCCUUCGACAACAGCCUCUACCCCGACCGCCGCCUCCGGCGCUCGCACGCGCCCCACCGGCCCUCCAGGUCGUCUCAGGGCGUCGCGGGGGACGACCCAGCGCCAGGCAGGGACCAGAUUGGCAUGACAUCGCUCUGUGGGACUUGAUGUUGUCAUGGAAACAGCGGAUACAGACAGUUACCAGUGCUGCUUCAGCGUCACCUCGAAAGGCUUAGGAUGAUUGAGAUUGUUAAAAAAAAAAAACGAAACAAAAAAAAAAAAAAACAUACCCAGCCAACCUUGAUGUACAUUCCAGUGUUUAUUUGAGAGCCACAGUACGUAUUUAUCUGUAGCAAAAGAAGCUGCCUAUAAUAAUAAAGUCCCCUGUGAUGUGAAAGUGUA